AUGUCUGCUACCACUACACCCACGAGCCCCGGCCAUGUGCCGCCCAACGGAGAACCGGCCUUGGAUUCCUUGGAUGCAGCGGAUUACGAUCCAAUUGACCACCUAAACGCCAUCUUCUCCCACCCGUCCACCCUCUCCUCCGUGUCCCGGGUUUCCCAAUCCCUCUGUGCCUACGAAGAUGAGUUGGACGACGACAUCGGCGCGCUGGUGGAGGACCAGGUCACCUCCAACGCAGAGAGCGUUGAGCGCAUCCAAACAGCCAAGGCAGACCUGACAGAGCUCUUCAAGAAAAUCGACGACGUGCGCGACCGCGCAUUGAAGACGGAGCAGGCGAUCACGGAGAUGACAGCGGAUAUCAAACAACUCGACAAUGCGAAGAAGAACCUUACGCAGUCGAUGACGGCCUUGAAGAGACUGCAGAUGCUGACAACUGCGUACGACCAACUCCGGGGCCUUAGCAAAUCCCGGCAAUACCGCGACUGUGCUCAGCUGCUUCAAGCUGUCAUCCAGCUCAUGGCACACUUUAAGUCGUAUCGGUCGAUCGAUCAGAUUGCGAUCCUUAGUCGGAAUGUGGCGGAUAUACAACGGGAGUUACUGGAGCAAGUGUGUGAGGAUUUCGAGCUGUCGUUCGCCAAGGGAGAAGUCAGUCAGCAGAGGACAAUGCUGUCGGAGGGCUGUCUGGUUAUGGAUUCACUAGGCGAGAGUGCGAGAUCGAGACUGGUGACUUGGUAUUGUAAUUUCCAGUUACGAGAGUACCGACAGGUUUUCAGAAAUAACGAGGAGGCCGGUUCCUUGGACAAUAUCUCUCGGAGGUACUCGUGGUUCCGGCGUAUCUUGAAGAUCUACGACGAAGAAUAUGCGAACAUCUUUCCUGCAUCAUGGAGAGUGAACGAGAUUUUGGCAAACAUUUUCUGUGAAGGUACACGGGAAGACUUCAAGGGCAUUCUGUCCCGGUCCGUACGGAACGGCCAGACGAUCGAUGUCAACCUAUUACUCUCAUGCCUGCAAGAAACGCUUGAUUUUGAACACUCUCUUGAACGUCGUUUUGUCAGCACAUCGCGUCCCUCCACCGAUACAUUUGCCUCCGCAGAGGCUUCCGUCUUUGGACAGGCCAUCUCGGAGGCAUUUGAACCAUACCUGAGCGUAUGGGUAGAUGCCCAAGACAAACAGCUGGCCGCGUUGAUUCCAAAGUACCGGCAACAACCAUUGAAGCCCCCAGAUGAAGAGUUCGACUCGAACAUUGUCAUUUCGUCUUCCACGGAGCUUUUCACGUUCUACCGGCUCUCUUUGCAACAAUGCGCGAAACUCUCCACCGGAGGCAGUUUGGCCGAAUUGGCAAAGUUAUUCGCCAAGUAUCUUGAUCAAUAUGCACAGCAGGUUCUUCUAUAUUAUAUCAGUGAACGACCCACAGGGACUACUCCCUCCAAAGUGCCAUCCUUGGAAGACCUCAUCUUGGUGCUCAAUACCGCGGACUACUGCUACACAACCUGUAACCAACUGGAGGAAAAGAUCAAGGGCAGGUUGGACAAGAAUCUGAAGCAGAGCGUGGAUCUUCAAAGCCAGGCAGAUUCUUUCAUGGGUCUUGCAUCUGCUGCCGUCCGGGGUCUCGUACGGAUAGUAGAAGUUGAUAUAGAGCCCUGCUGGCGGGAGAUGCGCAACACUCCUUGGAAUCGACUCGAGGCCGUUAGCGAUCAAAGCUCUUACGUGGGAGAGCUCUUGUCUAAGACGAAAGAAAAGUCUUCUGAAAUUUUACAAAUGUUGCAUAAGCAGCAGUACGCUCGAGCAUUUGCCGACCAUCUUGUGGAGCUGGUAUCCAGUCUUUUUAUCACCAACAUCUUCCAAUGUAAACCAGUCUCAGAGACUGGGGCAGAACAGAUGCUUUUGGACUCAUACACCCUGAAAACCGGCCUUUCAUCCCUACUACCAGCCCCAGCCCCAGCAGGCUUCGUGAAGCGAGUCAACAACAGCUUUUCCAAAAUCGAAGGUCUCCUCAAGACCGUCCAGGUUCAACCAUCACCACCGGAGGCUCUUGUGCAGGCGUAUCUUCUGCAUAUCGCGGACCGAAACAACGCCAACUUCCGCAAAAUCCUCGAGCUCAAGGGCGUUCGCAGCCGACAAGAACAAAACCAUCUGGUGGAAUUAUUCCAGAUCCACCGUGCCUCGGACCGUCACGCACCUAAUCUCCAGGAGAACAACCCCGUUCUUUCUGCCAUGCAAACCUCCGCCGCUUCAACAUCAGGCUCUGUCUCUGGGGGCCUGGGGCUCGGUACAGCCGCCGCAUCUAUCGGUGCCUCCAAUCUUCCCACCCGGUUCGACCCAACCAUGCUUGGCUCGGCCAUUAUCUCCGCUGCCAAAGACGGAGUUGACCGAUUCGGAAACCCUAGUCUCGGCAGCGGUCCAGCGAGCACGUCUGGAGCCACGUCCCCAGCUUCUGGAACAGCAGGGCUAGGCAGCAAUGCUCAAAGCGGAGAAAGCAGCUCGUCAGGGAACCUCAAUGAAAACCUGAAGAACAUUGGCAAGUUCUUCCGUCGUGAUCUAGGUGGAUUUGGUGGGAGGUUCGGGAGAGGGGGUGAAGAUGGGAAUUGA